AAAAAUAAAAAACAUUGUCCUCAGUGUUGCGCCAUACGUGCUCCAACAUCUCCACCUCAGUGGCUAAAAGAUGGCCGAAGCACAUUCAUGGCCUAGCCGGUUCUUCUGUCACAGAUGUACCGCGGAGAUCAGCCCUCGUCUUCCCGAGUACACCUGCCCAAGAUGUGAGUCAGGGUUCAUCGAAGAGCUGCUGGAAGAAAGAAGUGCUGACAAUGGCUCCAUGUCUACCAUCUCCAGCGGGCCAGGAAUCCAGCAACCAAUCGAGAACGUAGAGCCGCACAUGUUUACAUUCCCGUCGGGCUACAGCCAAUUCUCGCUGAGCGUCUUCGACGAUGCCUUCGACUUCGGAGCCGGACUCGGAGCGGAGGACAACCGCGACGCCGAGAGCCGGCGAGAAAGGGAGAACGCGUCACGGCAACGCUACGGCGCCCGGCAGCCGAGGAAUCGUCACGGCUCCAGGCGGCAGCUAGGCAGGCACGAAGGCGUUCCGACUUUAGAGGGAAUCAUUCAGCAGCUAGUGAAUGGAAUUAUUGCACCCACUGCAAUGCCAAAUAUUGGCGUUGGACCCUGGGGUGUUCUUCAUUCGAAUCCUAUGGAUUACGCGUGGGGUGCUAACGGGUUAGAUGCUAUCAUAACGCAGUUAUUAAACCAGUUUGAGAACACGGGACCUCCGCCUGCCGAUAGAGAUAAAAUAAAAAAUCUGCCUUCAGUCCUAGUUACAGAGGAACACGUUGCUUCAGGAUUGGAAUGUCCAGUGUGCAAAGAAGAUUACAGCGUGGGAGAAAACGUGAGGCAGUUGCCGUGCAAUCACAUGUUCCACAACGACUGCAUUGUGCCCUGGCUUGAGCAGCACGACACGUGUCCGGUGUGCAGGAAAAGCUUGAGCGGCCAGAACACAGCGACCAACCCUCCAGAACUAUCAGGGAUGAACUUUACCUCCUCCUCUUCCUCAACGUCGUCAUCGUCUUCCUCCACCCCUCACUCUUCCAGUUCCACUAGUAAUGAGAACUCCACUGAUAACUCAUAGAGAAUCAUUUCUCAUCCGUCUCUAUUUUUUAUUCUUUUUUUGAGCCGGCUGGAGCUCCCCUACUGCUGCUGCCUUGCUGUCUCCCUGACAAAAGGGGGGGGGAGAAAAAAAAACGAGUGCAAUUUCAUUAAGCGCGCUCGGUUUGUUGGCGGUAAGUAAAACGUGAGGUCUGGUCACUCCUGUUCCAUCAGGGAUUCAAACAAAAGGUGGGUGGAAGCUCCCUGGAGUAAAGCCUCAGUCAGGGACAAUGUGAGGAAACGCGCAAAAGACUUCAAAAGACACCUCACGAUAGAACUUUUGGGAAUGUGUUCUGUCGCCAGUGUGCAAAGCAAAGUGAAUUCUACAUUAUUUCAGGUUUUUUAAGAGUAGAAUUCAUAUCUAGGGACUUUACCAUGCACCUAAUUUUUUAAAUUUGCAAUAACUCUCCUAUCCAGGCUCCACUUUCUGUUUGAACGUACUAUGACGUGAAAAGUUGCUUUCCGCAUAACCGGUCAUUUUUAUAUUUUACCCGCAAAGCCUAAAAAAUGUCUCGCAUCCUCCAUGUGGUAGAAACAUUUCAAGCGCAGCGCAGUUUAACCUGAGUGGAAGGUGAGUUAUUUUCUAAGGUUGCCAGUUGAUUUGCAGUACGAUCCUGUAUGAAAAUAAAGAGGUCUGGGUGAUAACGCUCGAGACAAAAAAUA